AUGGGCGCCGACGGCACGGCGCCGAGGUUUUACGAGCGCGUCGACGCGCGCGAACGCGACGCGCGCGACGGGACGUGGCGCGUCGAGCUCGACGCGCGCGCGCUGCGAACGCCGAAGCGAAACGAGUACGCGUUCGCGACGGAGGGAUUGGCGCGCGCGGUCGCGGCGGAGUGGGACGCGCAGGGCGAACGCAUCGCGCCGUUUACGAUGCCGCUGACGUCGCUGAGCGCGACGGCGAUCGAUCACAUGGGAGACGCGGAGACGCGACGGGUGCACGUGGAGACGCUGCUGAAAUACUUUGGCACGGACGCGACGCGGGUGCGAAGCCCGGACGAGGCGACGGCGGCGAGGCAGGCGAAGGCGCACGAUCCGAUCGUGGCGUGGGCGGAGCGAGAGUUCGGACCGGUGGAGACGUCGGAUUCGAUCUUUGGACCGGGAACGAGCGAGAAGACGGUGGAGGUGCUGCGGCGGCGGUUGCACGCGAUGUGCCCGUGGGAGCUGACGUGCGCGUUCGCGCUGAGCGCGGCGACGAAGUCGUUGUUGAUAAGUUUGAAGACGCUUCGAGGAGGGCUGACGGUGGAUGAAGCCAUCGCGGCGGCGCGCGUCGAGGAGGAGGCGCAGAUCGAGGAGUGGGGGUUAGUCGAGGGAGGGCACGAUCUCGAUCAGUUGGAUAUUCGCGUUAAAGUCUCCGCGCCGGUCGUGCUGAUGAAGCUGAGGCGUGGCCAGAAGAAGAACUGA